AUGGCUGCUUCUUGGGUGAGCCUUUUGAAAGAUGUGGUGGGCAAUGUGUCGAUGCCCAUCAAUCAGAAGGCUAGCAAAGUCAUGGCAAUUUUGAAGGAAGUUGGGCUUGCUUGGACUGCCGAGCUGAGACCCAGGGACUUGUUGGUCCACCCAAGCAACAGAGGAGGUCAGAUGGUCAAUGGGUUCGAUGUUGCAGCCAAAGGGCAGGCUAUAUGUGCUGUUGGUUGGGACAUCAACAAAAUCAAGGAGCCUGUCUGUUUUGAGCUGCCUUUUGAUGCUUCGAAGAAAGCAGCCAUUGUCGAAGCCAACACCAAGCUUGCUGAUCAAAGCAUUGGGUUGCUUGCCAGGCCUUUUGGAAAGGAAAGACAUUCCAGCAUCAGUGGAUACCACACAACUUGCUUUCUGAGAGCUUUGGAACAAGGGUGUACUUUUGGCGGUGAGCAGCUGUCCUUGGAACAAUUGCAAGCCAAAGGAGAUGACAUUGGGCAGCUUCUUCAAGAUGGUUGGGAAUGGACCAUCCUUUCUGCCAAAGUGGAAGAGGAGGUUCCAAGCUUGCCUUCUUUGCUCCAGCAAGCCUACGACAGCGACCAUGGUAUUUUGAAGCCUCCUACUGAAUUGGAAAUGAUGAUGACCAUUGCCCAAACCUAUGAGUUGCAGCUUCAAGGCCAAAAGGAUUUGAAGACAGCCGUUGCUCAGGCAGCUUCCAGCAUGCCUCCUUGCAAGGGCUACAUCAAGAGCAUUGGUGACUUUGUGGGCAGCGUUGCAGGCGGUGAAACCUUCAAGCUUCUGAAGUAUUUGGACUUUGUGGGUGCCUUGGCAGCAUGGAUAAGCACAGAGGAGGCUCAGUUUUCCAGCAGAUCCUAUGGUGCAAGUGUUUUGGUGGGAGAAGAGUUCUGCAACCUGGUGGCUUACACUGAUUGGAUGAUUGGCAGCACAACUUGGCCCUUCCUUCGAGUAGGCUUGUGUGCCACCCAGGUGACAGCCCCUACUGCUGCUGUCAAGGAUGGUGUCUCUCAAAUGGUGAACAGAUCUGACUUUGACAAGUUGAAGCAGAAGAAGAUGAGCACUGAUGUUGUGAAAGCAGAGCAGCUGAUGGCAGAUGCAACUGAUCCCAGGGCCAUUGCAUUGACUGCCAACAAGCACAUCAAGCUGGAUAAGCUGUAUGUGCUCAAGAAGGACCAGGCCAAGGUUUGGAAGCUGGUGGCUUUGACUGACACCAUGGCCAACUUGGUUCACAAACCUUUUUUUGGGCCAGAAGAGCAUCAGGAUGUGAUGCACAGUGAACUCAAAGAUUGGAAAGAAGGGAAGAAAGAUGGGCCCCAGCUUGUGGACCAGGCCUUGGUGGAGAAGCUGUCGCCCAGUGCAUCACUGACUUUAACAGCGGAGCUUCAGAGGUGCAAAGACUUGGACAAGCAAGUCUUCUUGGCGCAGGCCUUCAAGUGUGACUUUGUGAAGGAAACUGGUCUUUUUUGUCCACAUUGGAUGGUCAAGCCAGGAAGCUCUGUAGAUGAGUCGCCACUUGCAAAGCAAGUGUUUAAUCAAAGCAAUUUGCAUAUCCCUGCUUUGGUGAACAAGAAACAAGUGGAGAAGCACACCCUGUUGCAAGCUGAACCUGAAGAAGAGCAAAGCUCUGGAACUAAGAAGAAGAAGUCAGGGUAG